AUUUUACCAAACUUCAAGCCGGCCCUACCCGAGUGCUAGAGGAGAAGAAAAGAUAUGGAGUGCAACAAAGAUGACGCUAUCCGAUCAAAGGAGAUUGCUGAAAGGAAGUUCAGGGAGAAUGAUAUUGCGGGUGCGAAGAAGUUCGCCCUGAAAGCAAAGGCUCUUUUUAAGCCGCUUGAGGGCAUUGACCAGAUGCUUUUAAACUUGGAUGUCCUCCUGAGGGCACAGACAAAGAUCGGAGGGGAGAAUGACUGGUAUGGAAUCUUGGAAGUAUCACCCUUGGUUGAUGAGGAGGCAAUCAAGAAGCAAUACAAGAAGUUGGCCCUCCAAACUCAUCCUGACAAGAAUAGCUCUAUUUGUGCUGAUGACACUUUUAACAUCAUCUCAGAUGCUUGGAGUGUGUUGUCUGAUACUACCAAGAGGAUGGCAUAUGACCAGAAGAGGCAUAUGUGUGGCCCAGGUGUGAAUCAGAAUAACUACAAGGCAAAUGCUAAUAGCACGUCUAAUUCAUCUAUGUCAAGUAUGAAUGGUUUCUGGCGCCAAAAUUCAUGUUCGGACAGACCUAGGAAGGUGGUGCCCCACCAAGUGCUAGAAACAUUUGGGGGUAGACCUAGAAAGGUGGUGCCCCACCAAGUGCCAGACACAUUCUGGACAUACUGUGGUUCAUGUUUUGUGAGCUUUCAGUACUCCAGGGAAUAUGUCAACCGGUAUCUGAAGUGUCCGGUUUGUCAUGCUGUGUUUGUUGCUGUGGAAGUUCCACCUCCAAGUUCCCCAAUUUAUCCUAAUGGGCCAAAGCCAACGGCUACAGUUCCUGACAUGGCAACGCCAGUACAGGCAGGAGUGGCAUGUGAUAAUCAGAAUUACGAUCCAACAGUGCUGCAGCAGUGGUCUUUCCUCAAAUCUACAACAUGUGCACAUAGCACAAGAUAUACAGUCCAACAAACACAUGAGAGUGUUAGAAAGCAGGAGGUGGGUGAAGCAAAUAUAGCCGCAAAUGAACAAGCAAAUAUUCACAGAACUGUUAUGCAGGCUGUAAGGAAACACGCACAUGCAGGCUCUUCCCUUGGACGAGCAAAUGUAGAAACAAGGGAACAUGAAGCUGCAAAGAGAAGAUGUGUUACUGAUGGCAAAAAAGUAACCUGGCAGUCAGCUAGCUCUUGCCCUGAUGGCAAUGGACGCAAACCAAUGCGCCCAGCAAAAAGAAGGCCUCGCUCUACAACUGAAACACCGGGGGCCAAGAAACGUAAAGUGUCUUCUGGUGAUCUUUUCGGUGAAUCUUCUGGUAGUGCUGGAAGGACCAGCUUCGGCAGAGCGCUCAUGCAGUUAGAUAUCUGUGUCAUCCUGAUCGAAAAUACGAAACUUCAGGUUCGGGAGAGACUAGAAGAGUUCAACAGCAAGAAGGCCAAUGUGAAGAAUAAAGAAAAGAUGCAGAUUAGUAAGAAAAACAGCAAGAAAAGCAGUACAAGGAUUACAUGCAGCGCAGCAAUUGAUGUCAAUGAAACUGAGAUGAAACAAAGCAGCACUCCAGUUCAUCCAAAAGAAGAUAAUGCCAUUGAGCUGGUUAGCAAAAGAGUUCAUUCAGAAGAAAAGGAGAGGGCGCAGAGCUCUAAACAGGUUGGUUUAGAAGAAAAGGAGAAAUCAUGGCAGUGGAGAAAACCUGAAGUACACAUAGUAUACACGAGGAGAAACCAUAAGGGGCACAAGAAAGAACUAGGAGAUGAUGCAACUGGUGCUAAUUCGGCAACACAGCACCAUUUGGCCGACAAAUAUAGCUGUUUGAACCAGGAAGUAUCAUCUGAUGAAGGCUCUAGUGAAAUGCCUGUCCCUGAUGCAGAUUUCUACAAUUUCGGUGAUCAUUCUGAAAGUUCUUUUCAAAGUGAUCAAGUAUGGGCCGUGUAUGAUGAAGAAGAUGGUAUGCCUCGCUACUAUGCUUUGAUUAGAAAAGUCCUCUCCACUCACCCUUUUAAAGUUAGACUGGCUUACCUCAAAGCAAAUGGCUGCAAUGAAUUUGGUGCUUCCAAUUGGAUCACAUGUGGAUACUCCAAGACCUGCGGUGAGUUCAAGGUUGGUGUUUCUGAAGAUACUGACCAUCUGAACGCAUUCUCACAUAAUGUCAAGUGUGAGAAAGGUCCAGGUGGCAUCAUCAGAAUCCUUCCUAAAAAAGGUGAUAUCUGGGCUCUGUACCAGAACUGGUCUCCUGACUGGGAUGAAUUUACACCUGAUGAUACAAUGUACAAGUAUGAACUGGUAGAGGUUCUUGAUAGCUACCACCCAACCGAAGGCAUUUCUGUAAGGCCUAUUGUGAAAAUUCCUGGGUUUGUGUCAGUGUUUAAGCCCCUUCAUGACCCAAUAAAAAGCUGGAGGAUCCCCAAGGAGAUGCUGCGGUUUUCACACCAAGUGCCAUUCCAUCUCCUUACUGGAGAAGAAGCCCAUAAUGCUCCCAAGGGGUGCUAUGAACUGGAUCCAGGCUCAACUCCAAAGGAACUUCUUCAUGUAGUUCCGCCGUCUGAUGGUGCUAAAUGAGUUUGCACUCAAAGUGGUGCUUGCUCUGUACUUUUGUUUCGUGUUUGAAACUUUUUUGUUCUUUGAACCUGGACUUAGUCAGGUAAUGCUGGUUUCUUUGAAUUGUACAUUAUAUACCUCAUGUUGUGCUGAUGUAUCAGCUUUCU